UGGGGGGGGGGGGGGGGUUCUGUCGCGAUACGUUCGCCUGACGUCCGGCGUCUCUCGCGGUUUCAGGGCGUGGGCCGCCGCUACGCCCACGUGGUGCUCAGGAAGGCCGACAUCGACCUGACCAAGCGGGCCGGGGAGCUGACGGAGGACGAGGUGGAGCGCGUCAUCACCAUCAUGCAGAACCCGCGGCAGUACAAGAUCCCGGACUGGUUCCUCAACCGGCAGAAGGACGUCAAGGACGGAAAAUACAGCCAGGUGCUGGCCAACGGACUGGACAACAAGCUCCGGGAAGACCUGGAGAGGCUGAAGAAGAUCCGGGCCCACCGGGGCCUCCGCCAUUUCUGGGGGCUGCGGGUCCGGGGCCAGCACACCAAGACCACCGGCCGCCGGGGCCGCACCGUGGGCGUCUCCAAGAAGAAGUAGAGGCCGCGGGACGUGUGUCCCGUCCCCCCGUCCCCCCCCCCUUCAAUAAAACGAGACAGAAGCACGUA